AUGACACCUAGCUUCGAGAAGCGGGUGGCAGCUUUCAACACCCAGCCCCAGCCGUCCGAUGGGAAAGGUUAUACUUUUAUUUUCAAAUUAUCUAUCCAUCCAUUCUUCCUGCCUAAUCAUGUUAUCCUCUUUGGUUUGCAAGAAUGGGGAUGGGGGUGGGGAGAUGAAGAAGCUGCUGGAAACCCCGCACUAGGUGAUUGGUUUCAAGCUUGGGUCCAGGACCAGAGGGGGCAUCUCUCUGCUUCAGGCCGGGACUCCAAGCUGCAGAAGUUCGACCUGUUCCCCAAGACGCUGCUGCCCAGCCGGGCCGUGACCCCGCAGCAGGCGGGUGGGAAGCCCCUGUCCCCGGACGGCGAGUCGGCGCCGGGCACCUCCUCCCCCGAGGCUCGCCCCGGCUCGGGCUCGGAGAACGGCGACGGCGAGUCCUUCCUGAGCUCGCCCGUCUCCAAGGGGCCGAAGGAGGGCGAGGAGAGCCCGGGCUCCAUCAGCCCGCUGGGCUCCGACUCGGGCUCGGAGGCGGAGAAGGACGAGCAGGACCCGUCGCCCGCGGCCGGCGGGCGGCAGCGGACUCCCCUGGACAUCCUGACGCGCGUCUUCCCGGCGCACCGGCGCAGCGUGCUGGAGCUGGUGCUGCAGGGCUGCGGCGGGGACGUGGUGCAGGCCAUCGAGCAGAUCCUCAACAACCGCGGCCCGGACAAGGCGCCCGACGAGGGCUGGGCCCGGGAGGGCGCCCUGCAGCCCAGCCCGGCCGCCGCCGCCGCCCACCACCGGCCCCUGCUGGCGGGCGCCAUGAGCCCGGCCAUCGGCACGCUGGGCAGCCGCUCCGCCUUCUCGCCCCUGCAGCCCAACGCCAGCCACUUCGGCGCCGAGGCCAGCGCCUACCCGCUGGGCACCCACCUGGGCCUCAACCCGCUGCGCCUGGCCUACUCGGCGCACAGCCGGGGACUGGCCUUCAUGGCGCCCUACUCCACCGCCGGCCUCAUGCCCACGCUGGGCUUCCGGCCGCCCAUGGACUACGCCUUCAGCGACCUCAUGCGGGACCGCUCCGCCGUGCACAAGGAGCAGGUCUACUCCGGCGGCCUCUACGGGCCCAUGGUCAACAACACCCCCGAGAAGCCAUAGACGGAGCCCCCUGCUGGGGAGCAGCGCCCGGCCGGCCGCAGCCGCCUCGCUCCCUCUCUUGACAGCUGCCAAACCAGCGCGCCCCUCUCCGGAGCGAAGGGGACUCACUCCACGGAGCCCGGCUCAUCCGCGUCCCCUUCCAGCCCCGGGUGCCGAGCCGGGCGUGGGCGCAAAGAUGGAAACUAAUAGGUGUAUUAAAAAAAAAAAAAAAAAAGGUGAUCAAGGUGCACUUUCAUUGUGGAGCUGUGUGUCACUCUCUUUGUUGCUUAUGGCCAUAAGCAUGGAUAUCCUUGGUGCAUUGUGAGGUGUGUGUGUGUGUGUGUCUGCACACACGUACAUAUAGAUACAUACAUACACGUGUAUGUAUACUAGCAAGUGUAUAAUGUUAUAAAAUGGAAAAUUAAGUUAUUAAUGUAACUUGUAGGUGAACUUGGGUAUUAAAGCGAAAGGUUAGCCAGCUCUCAUUGUAAUACUUACCCGUUCCAUAGAUUCAAUAUAUUGUAAAACGGAAAAGCCUUCCCCCUUCCAACAAAUGUUAUAAUCUGUAUAUACCAUUGGAAAGUAGAUAUAUUUGUAACUGUCCGUAGGACCCAGCCGCCGAUGCUGUAUAACGAUUUAAUGGGCUCGUUGCUUUCUGGUUCCGAUGUAGCAAACUUCUUGCUGUUUCUAACAAUUACUUUCUGUGUUUCCAUUUCAUAGAAAUACUAGAAAUAAAUGUUAUUUUCUAUUAAAAUCAGCCUGGCACAUGGCAAGUGAUAUUUUAUUAGAAGGCGGAACCAAGGUUGUGGCAAACCCCGGGAACGAGGAAAGUCAAUAUUUAAGGCAGAUGAGUGCAAAUCAUUUAGGAACAUUCUGAACAUCUUUACUACAUUUUAUCUCGCGGUGGAAGCAGACACUCUGAUGAAAGUCUAUGCAUUUAAAAAUAUAUCCCAAAACGCAGCACACGGGACCGGAGAGAUUUAUUUGUCCAUCGACGCGUCAAAUCAUUUUCUUUCUACUUCUUCAUUUUUUAUUGGUUUAGAAAAAAAUUUCAAGUGCAUUUUUCUCCACGUGCAUUGGUAAAAUCAAGGAGGUUUUCCAGUGUGGGGCUUGCUGAUUUCUUCCUCGUAUGUAGACAAUUUGACACUAUCCCAGGGAAAGGCAAAGAAUUUUGUUAAAUUACCCGGUGCGUUCGUUCUUGCAUAUAGAUGCUGGAUCAUCCAGUUUCUUUUCGUUCGAUAACUGCACUGCAGAUUUUCAAUUGCUUUCUAUAUGAUCAAGAUAAGGGCCGGCACAUAGCGAUAAUGAUAAUAUAAUAAAUUGCCUUCAGGCCAGGUUGUUUAAAUAGAAUAAUUAUUUAGUUAAGGAAUCAACUCGGACAAAACAAAACCAAUUUGUGGAAGGGUUUUCGCAUUGGCAACAUAGCGUCCGAUUAUACUUGAAGGCAAAUCGAAGAAAUAUGCUAUUUUUCCUAUUUAAAUCUACAUAAGAAUGAGCUUCAGCAAAAGCUUCCUACAGCGUCCCCACCAAAAAAAAAAAAAAGUAUUGGGCAGGGAGGAGGGAAUUUUCUUAUCUAUCCUGGGAGCGUUUGGCCCAGGAAAACUAUUACUCACAAAGAACAAGUUCAGUGCAUGGUUGAAUUAAGACUGUAGAAGCUCCCAAAGUUGGUUGGUAUGGAAACCUAAUCCCACCAAACUGUUCUGUGGCACAGCUGGACUGUUUACUUUCUCACUUCAAAUAUAACUGUGUAAACAUUGGCUUGAAACUGACAGUGCUGUUCCUAUAAACCAGUUAAUAUAUUGGUGUGUAUGAGACGAAAUGCGUGUCUUCAUGGUUAUUGAAAGAAGCCCAGGGGUAAAAUCAAAGAACUAUAGCGAGUACCAUACGUUUCUUCCUUGCCUUUCGCAAUGGAUCAGGCUGGCUACAAUUUUAAGAUUGUUCUUUUGGGGAGUAAAUAUUACAGAUUACACCUAGGUAAAUACAUUUGACCCCGCUCCAACCUGAGAGCAGCCAAAUCAAUAUCACAAGGGAAACUUUUUAAAGUCUCGUGUUCCAA